AAAAUAUGGAGAAAGUUUCGUCUUAAUGAAAUGCAAAAGCCUGGUGAUGUGAUUCUGGGUGGGCUGUUUGAGGUCCACUUCACCUCUGUCUUCCCUGAGCGAACAUUCACCUCAGAGCCACAAGAGCCCAGCUGCAAAGGCUUUGACACUCUAGGGUUCAGGCAUGCCAUGACCAUGGCCUUUGCUAUUGAUGAGAUCAACAACAACUCCAAUCUGCUUCCAAAUGUGACUCUGGGAUACAGUCUUUAUGAUAACUGUGCGGCACUUGUCGUUGGAUUCAGUGGUGCAUUGUCACUGGCAAGUGGUCGAGAGGAACAGUUUCUGCUUAAAGAGAACUGUUUAGGACCCCCUCCAGUCCUGGGCAUUGUGGGUGAUUCCUACUCAACAUUUUCUAUUGCCAUCUCCAAUGUAUUAGGUUUAUACAGAAUGCCCAUUGUGAGUCAUUUUGCCACAUGUACCUGCCUGAGUGAUCGGCAACAGUUUCCAUCCUUUUUUAGAACAAUCCCAAGUGAUGCUUUCCAGGUGCGUGCCAUGAUUCAGAUUCUGAAACACUUCGGCUGGACUUGGGUUGGCCUUCUGGUCAGUGAUGAUGAUUAUGGACUCCAUGUUGCCCGAUCCUUUCAAUCUGACCUGGCUCAGUCUGGUGGAGGUUGUUUGGCCUACUUAGAGGUUUUGCCCUGGGACAGCGAAUCAAGUGAACUCAGGAAGAUUGUACAUUUGAUAAAGACAUCAACGUCUCGUGUAGUCAUUGUGUUUGCACAUGAGGUUCACAUGAUUCAUCUAAUGGAAGAGGUGGUGAAGCAGAAUGUGACAGGCCAGCAGUGGAUAGCAAGUGAAGCCUGGACAGCAGUUUCUGUGCUCCAGACGCCCCGCUUCAUGCCAUACUUGAGUGGCACACUGGGUAUUGCAAUCCGUCGAGGAGAAAUACCUGGGCUCAGGGAAUUCCUCUUGCAAAUACGUCCUGACCAAAAUGACAACAACUAUGAAAAUAAGAUGGUGAGACAGUUUUGGGAAUACACUUUUCAGUGUAAAUUUGAUCCAGCAGCUGAAGCUGGGGGGGCACCAUGCACUGGACAAGAAGAUCUAGAGAAUGUGAAGACUGAGAUUUUAGAUCUUUCUAACCUCAGGCCUGAGUACAAUAUUUACAAAGCUGUGUAUGCUCUGGCCUAUGCUCUUGAUGAUAUGCUGCGCUGUGUGCCUGGGAGAGGGCCUUUCAGUGGGCACAGCUGUGCUACUUUGCAAACAAUGGAGCCAUGGCAGCUUGUACAUUAUUUGCAAAAGGUCAACUUCACCACAGCAUUUGGUGAUGAAGUGUCAUUUGAUGAGAAUGGUGAUGCUUUACCAAUAUAUGAUAUCAUGAACUGGCUGUGGCUCCCUGAUGGACGAACUAAAGUUCAGAAUGUUGGUGAGGUUAAGAGGUUGGCCUUCAAGGGUGAAGAACUCACAAUCAAUGAAGACAAAAUUUUCUGGAACUUUAAAUUCAAGGAGCCACCCCGCUCAGUGUGCAGUGAGAGCUGUCCUCCAGGUACCCGCAUGGCCAGAAAGAAGGGGGAGCCUGAGUGCUGUUUUGACUGCAUCCCUUGUUCUGAGGGGAAGGUCAGCAAUAUGACUGACUCCAUGGAGUGCACCAGCUGUCCAGAGGAUUUCUGGUCCAGUCCCCAGGGUGACCACUGUGUUCCUAAGGAAACUGAGUUCCUCUCCUACCAUGAGCCUCUGGGUAUCUGUUUGACAACUGCCUCAUUGCUGGGCACAUUUAUAUGUACUGUUGUCCUGGUAGUCUUCACCUGUCAUCAAAGUACACCCAUGGUACGCGCCAACAAUUCAGAACUGAGUUUCUUACUCUUGGUGUCACUCAAAUUAUGUUUCCUGUGUUCUUUGUUGUUUAUCGGUCGUCCCAGGCUGUGGACAUGCCAGCUGAGACAUGCAGCAUUUGGGAUCAGCUUUGUGCUUUGUGUAUCAUGUAUCCUGAUGAAAACCAUGGUGGUUCUGGCUGUGUUUAAGGCCUCCAAGCCAGGAGGUGGAGCCAAUCUCAAGUGGUUUGGUGCUGUGCAGCAGAGAGGAACAGUUUUAGCUCUGACCUGCAUUCAGGCAGCAAUAUGCACUGCUUGGAUUGUCUUUGCCUCCCCCAAGCCUCAUAAAAACACUCAGUACCACAAUGACAAAAUUGUUUAUGAGUGUCUAGUUGGCUCCACAGUUGGUUUUGGAGUGUUACUGGGCUAUAUUGGCUUACUGGCCAUCCUUAGCUUCCUGUUAGCCUUCUUGGCAAGGAAUCUUCCAGAUAACUUUAAUGAGGCCAAACUCAUCACUUUCUCCAUGCUGAUCUUCUGUGCAGUGUGGGUGGCCUUUGUCCCUGCUUAUGUCAACUCUCCAGGAAAAUACGCAGAUGCAGUUGAGGUAUUUGCCAUCCUGGCCUCCAGUUUUGGUCUCUUGGUGCCACUGUUUGGACCCAAAUGUUACAUAAUCCUGCUCAGACCAGAGAGGAACACAAAGAAAGCAAUCAUGGGUCGCGGAACAACUUAG